CUGAAUCACACUGUCUCAUCUUGUCUUAGAUUCUAUUUGUUUAAUUUCGAUACUGGACUCGAUCUACUUUAUACUUGAGGAUUUGUUUUAUCUUCGAUGGCCAGUUCGAAGCGUGUCUAUCAUAAAAUUCUGGAGCUGAACAAAUCCCAGGAAGGCGUUCGAUAUUUAGUUAAUCGUAAUCCGCGAAAUUUAGAGAGAUUGCGUAUUGCGUGCAAACCGGAUGGCUACCACCUGGAGAAACCGGGCCGAAAUUAUUGGCAUAAAUUGGAUCUAAUGGCUAGUAAUAAGUACGUAACGGCAAAACUGCUUCAUAAUCGAAAUGGAACUGUUAUCGAAAGCUGCACCUCAGAGUGGGCAAUAAAACAGCAUUUGUUUAAAGGGAAUGACACUUCCGCAUAUAUAAAUUUGGCUAAGAUAUUUGCUAUACGUUGCAUGGAAGCAGGAUUAACUGAAAUGCGAUGCGAUAUCCAACCAAAUCCAAACGGGAAAGUAGAAAAAUUUCUCAAAACAUUAAGAGAUUAUGGCAUUACCCUACAGGAGCCGAAUCGAAUAAAAUCAAUUCAACCAUGGGAUAUGAUACGACCUGAGAAACCGUGGGAAGUUACAGAAUAACUAUAGAUUUCGUUUUCAUUUAUUUGUCAGCUUCAGUUAGUAAAGUAACUAAAUAUAUUUGCACAUUUCUUCA